GGCCCUGCCCAGGAGAAACUCACAGUCUAGCCGUAGACUGAGGUUAGCAGAUUGUGUCCGGCCCAGUGAAAGGGCUUCCUGCGCUGGCCAUGCCUGUGCCCACGGAGGGUACCCCGCCACCCCUGAGUGGCACCCCGGUUCCAGUCCCAGCCUACUUCCGCCAUGCAGAACCUGGCUUUUCUCUCAAGAGGCCUGGGGGACUCAGCCGGAGCCUCCCACCUCGGCCCCCUGCCAAAGGCAGCAUCCCUAUCAGCCGACUCUUCCCUCCUCGGACCCCAGGCUGGCACCAGUCCCAGCCCCGGAGGGUGUCAUUCCGGGGUGAGACCACAAACACACUACAGAGCCCAGGGUAUGACCCAAGCCGGCCAGAAUCCUUCUUCCAGCAGAAUUUCCAGAGGCUCAGCCGACUGGGCCAUGGCUCCUACGGAGAGGUCUUCAAGGUGCGCUCCAAAGAAGAUGGCCGGCUUUAUGCUGUAAAGCGCUCCAUGUCACCAUUCCGGGGCCCCAAGGACCGGGCCCGGAAGUUGGCUGAGGUAGGCGGCCACGAGAAGGUGGGGCAGCACCCACGCUGCGUGCAGCUGGAGCGGGCCUGGGAGGAGGGCGGCAUCUUGUACCUGCAGACAGAGCUCUGUGGGCCCAGCCUGCAGCAGCACUGUGAAGCUUGGGGUGCAAGCCUGCCUGAAGCCCAGGUCUGGGGCUACCUGCGGGACAUUCUGCUUGCCCUGGCCCACCUGCAUGGCCAAGGUCUGGUCCACCUUGAUGUCAAGCCUGCCAACAUCUUCCUGGGGCCCCGAGGUCGCUGCAAGCUUGGUGACUUUGGGCUGCUGGUGGAGCUGGGUACAGCUGGGGCCAGCGAAGCUCAGGAAGGAGACCCCCGCUAUAUGGCCCCUGAGCUACUGCAGGGCUCCUACGGGACAGCAUCAGAUGUAUUCAGUCUGGGUCUCACUAUUCUGGAAGUGGCAUGCAACAUGGAGCUGCCCCGUGGUGGGGAGGGCUGGCAGCAGCUGCGCCAGGGCUACCUGCCCCCCGAGUUCACUGCUGGCCUGUCUGCUGAGCUGCGUUCUGUCCUCGUCAUGAUGUUGGAGCCAGACCCCAAACUGCGGGCCACAGCUGAGGCCCUCCUGGCCUUGCCAGUGCUCAGGCAGCCUUGGCCCUGGAGUGUUCUGUGGUACAUGGCUGCCGAGGCCUUAAGUCGAGGCUGGGCCCUGUGGCAGGCCCUGCUUGCCCUGCUGUGCUGGUUCUGGCAUGGGUUGGCUUACCCUGUUAGUUGGCUACAGCCACCAGGCCCACCAGCUACCCCGCCCGGCUCACCGCCCUGUAGCCUGCUCCUGGACAGCAGCCUCUCCAGCAACUGGGAUGACGACAGCAUAGGGCCCUUACUCUCCCCAGAGGCCAUUCUGGCCCGGGCAGGGAACACUUCCACACCCCGGAGCAGGUAUACACCCAGGGAUGUCCUGGACCUCAGUGACAUUGACUCAGAGCCUCCCCGGGGUUCUCUCCCCUCCUUUGAACCUCGGAACCUUCUCAGCCUCUUUGAGGACUCCCUAGAGCCAACCUGAGCCCCAGGCUUGCCCUGGGCACUUUUAGUCUUUUAUUCUGUUUCCCUCCCAUUCCCCUAAAAGGUGGGAUCCCUCUGGAAACUCUCUCUGCCUGGCUGUGUCUAAUAAAAGGUAUCUGAAUCCUGGAAACACCCAUGCUUGCUUGUGUAGCA